AUGAGUGUACGAGGUAUCCAUGACUGUGGUACUAGAGGCCGAGGUAACGGCUGUAGAGGGACUCGAGCUGAGUUCUCUUCUCUAGGCAGCAUGUCGAACCUAGAUACAAGUGAGACGCCGAUCUUACCUCCUACUGAGACUGGGUCUCAAGAUCGCAUAGCUGGGGAUAAAGCAUUGUCCCAGGCUAUAUUAAGGAUACUGGAAAGGGUCGCUGGGCCCAAUACUGGAUCUGGGGCCCGCGGGGGCGUCACUAGAGUCGCCCCUAAUGUGGCUGAGCACUGGAUGGAGGCUAUUGAGAGGAUAAUGGAUGAUUUAGACUGUACUCCUAAGAAGAAAUUGAAGGGUGCAGUAUCAUUGCUUCGCGAUGAGGCCUAUCAGUGGUGGUUGAAUGUUAAGGAGGGCACUCAGCCCAAUCGUUUUUCAUGGGAGUUCUUUAAGUCUACCUUCCAAGGGAAGUAUAUGGGAGGAAGUUACAUCGAUGCUCGUAGGCGUGAGUUUCUGAACCUCACUCAAGGGGAUCGGUUAGUGGCUUAUGAGGUGAAGAUCAUUGAAGAGGUUAAGAGCGCAGAGCGCCAAAACAAAGAUCGUGAGAAGGGUAAGAACAAGAGGGAUUCAGAGCCCUCGACUUCGGUUCAGAGGCCAAAGAAAAAGGCCAAGACUGAUAUGUUGGUUAGAGAUGGGCCCCCUGUUACUCCUACUGGAUUGCAGCCUUAUGGAGACUGUGGUAGACUCCAUCAGGGCAAGUGUUGGAGGAGGACUGGGGCGUGUUUGAUGUGUGGGUCAUUAGAAUACCGCAUUUGGGAGUGUUCGCUGAGGGCCGAUCAGGCUAGGGGUGGUAACAGUAUGGGCCAUAGACAGAGAGCACCUGGCAGAGAUACUGGACAGUCUAAGGCGAGGCAAUCUGCUCUUGUUUAUGCUGCUCAUCGCCGAGAGGAUAGAGAUGCUCCAGAAGUCAUUACUGGUACGAUCUUAAUUUAUGAUGUGCCUUAUUUUGCUUUGAUAGACAUAGGUUCUACACAUUCCUAUGUAGCUAGCACUGUGUUUGAAAACUUAUGGAUUUUAGUUGAGAGUACUUCUAGUGAAGUGAUUGUACUGAGUCCUCUAGGGAAAUUGGUUCAGGUUAGCAAACUGUAUAGAGAUGUUCCGCUAGAGGUUCAAGGGUCGGUGUUUUUAGCUAACCUAAUGGAGCUUUCGUUUGGGGACUUCGACCUGAUUCUUGAUAUGGACUGGUUGGUCAAGUACUGUGUCAGUUUGGACUAUGUGACUAAAAGGGUCAUCUUGAGAACUGAGGAGGAUAAUGAGGUAGUCAUGAUUGGAGAAUGUCAAAAUUAUUUGGCUAAUGUGAUCUCUGCACUAGUGGCUGAGAAAUUGGUUCGUAAGGGAUGUGAGACAUUCUUGGUAUAUAUUAGUGUUUCUGUUUUUAGGGACUCUAGUGUAAACGACAUCAAAACUGUAAGGGAUUUUUUGGACGUCUUUCCUGAGGAACUACUGGGUUUACCUCUGAAUCGGGAAGUGGAAUCUGGAAUUAAGCUUUUUCCUGGUACAGCUCCGGUAUCUAUUGCUCCCUACUGUAUGACACCGAAGGAGCUUACAGAGCUUAAGGCUCAACUGUAA